AUGACUGGACGCGGCAAAGGAGGCAAGGGUCUCGGCAAGGGUGGCGCCAAGCGUCACCGUAAGAUCUUGCGUGACAACAUCCAGGGUAUUACCAAACCUGCUAUCCGCCGUCUCGCCCGUCGUGGUGGUGUCAAGCGUAUCUCCGCCAUGAUCUACGAGGAGACCCGUGGUGUCCUCAAGUCCUUCCUCGAGUCGGUCAUCCGUGAUGCCGUCACCUACACGGAACACGCCAAGCGCAAGACCGUCACCUCGCUCGAUGUCGUCUAUGCCCUCAAGCGCCAGGGCCGUACCCUCUACGGUUUCGGUGGCUAA